AUGGCUUGUGGGAUACAAAACUAUGAAGACAAUCCAUUGUCUGCAGAAGAAGUUGAAUUUCAAACGAAAUGGAACAGGUUCUCAGAUUGGCUACAUUGUAUUUGCGUAGUCACUUUCGACUUGGAACUGGGACAAGCUAUGGAAAGUGUUUACCCGCCAGGCGUAAAGUUGACAGACCAAGAGAAGUGCAAUAUUUGCUAUUUAGCAUUUCCAGACUCAAAUUCUGGGUGUAUGGGAGAUACGCAGUUUCACGUCAGACUUCGUUCACGUGCACCACUCGCUAAUCAACAGCUUAUUUACAACGAAGACGCAGUGCCCACCCUCAGGGCGGAUUCGACGCACUACUGGGGCUUCGUGUAUUUUCGCCAGGUCAAGGACCCAUCCUUACCAAGAGGCUACUUUCAGAAAAGUAUAAUAUUACUUACUAGACUUCCAUUCAUCAAUUUGUUUUACAAAGUUAUUCAAUUGAUAGCACCUAAGCAUUUUGAGGAGGGGGAAAGUAGCCUAGAGGCUGCCUGUCAUGAUAUAAAUAGAUGGCCUGUAUUGGAUGCUGGACAAAAUGUACUUUUACCAGUCCUAGGUUCAGUGUUUCAGUCAUAUAUACCUAACCAACAGACAGGAAAGAUUACCAGGUCAGAUAUAGCAAAAGUAAGUUCUCCCAAUGUUCCACACAUUUUAGCAUCCAUUCAAGAUGUCAAUGUGUUUGAUGCUUUAUCUACACUAAUAUCACAUUUGCAUUUAUUAUGGGAACUGGUUUUGACUGCAGAACCAAUAGUUGUCAUGGCUAGCUCGCCAACUGAGUGUUCUGCGCUAGUCCAAGCUUUAACAUAUUUGAUACAACCAUUACCAUAUUCAGCUGAAUAUAGACCAUAUUUCACAAUACAUGAUAGUGAAUUUAAAGAGUUCACAAGGAAACAAUUCAACCCACCUUGUGUAAUACUAGGUGUGACCAAUCCAUUCUUUACAAAAACAUUGCAACAUUGGCCACAUACUAUCAAGCUUGGUGACUCAACUUCAAUCAAAACAAAACUACGAAAAGUUGGCAAUCUAAAACUGUUAGACACAGCACCCGGAGUUUACACUCAGUAUAAACCUUUUCUGGAGAAGGAUAAGACUAUUAUCAAGAAAUUACACAAUGGUAUUAGAACAGAUCGACCUUCUGAAGUACAAACUGCGAUGGUUAAACGUCAUUUACUAGAGUUGACUCAAAGUUUCAUGAUACCACUCGAAAGGUAUAUGGCAUCUCUAAUGCCAUUGCAGAAAAAUAUAUCGCCUUUUAGGGCACCACCAGUGCCAAAUCCUUUUAAUCCUGAAGAUUUCUUUGCUACCCUACAACAGUCAGGGCCUCAACUAACAACUGGGAUCAAAGGUGAUUGGAUAGGACUGUAUAGAAACUUUUUUAAGACACCAAAUUUUAGUGCUUGGUUCCACCAAAGGCACAGCAACUUGACAAACAAACUACAUGCUUUACAACUUGAAGCAUUGGCAGAAAGUGACUUGAAAAAGUGGUCUGUUGGUAAGAAAGAAGUUGAAAUUGUCGAUAUGGUGUUGAAACUCAGAGAAGUUCUGAAGAGCAACCCUCCAGUAGCUGACAACACAAGGACACUAUUAGCAAGGAGGUUGGAAGAUCUGAAUUGUGUUUUACCAGAAGAUAUGAAGUCUAUUUUGAAUGCGGCAACGUGA